AUGGUACCUGCCGACAUACCACCAACCGCAACUGAUGCCAAUCCUGAAGCAGAGGCCAAUGCCAGACGAAAGGGUGUGCCGUAUAUACCAAGUUAUAUGGAUCUGAGUAAUGGUCCGGAACCAUGUGUUGUUUGUGGUGAUGCAGCUACAGGCUAUCACUAUAGAUGUAUGACAUGUGAAGGCUGUAAGGGUUUCUUCCGACGCACGAUACAGAAAGAUUUAAAAUACCAUUGUAAAUGGAAUAGUAAUUGUGAAAUUGACAAAACUACGAGAAAUCAGUGCCAAGAAUGUAGAUUCCAGAAAUGUGUCCGUGUUGGCAUGGCAACCGACUUGGUUUUAAACGAGAAACAGCGAAAAGCGAAGAGAAAGUUGAUAGAAGAGAAUCGCGAGAGAAAGCGAGAUGAAGUAGUACGUCAGAGAACUAGUCCUAUCCCCUGUGAUAUUGAUGUAUUGAAUGAUAAUGAUAAAACUUUAAUAGAUGACGUCGUUAAUGCUUAUAAUAACUCCAGUGUUAAAGUCCAGAAUGCUCGCUUUAUGAUGCCUCGAUAUGAAUGCAAAUACCCUAACGAAGCUGCCGAAUUGGAGGCGUGGCAACAGUUAGCAGAAACUAUGACACCAUCUAUAGUCAAAGUCGUGGAAUUUGCCAAGGGCGUGCCAGGAUUUACUCAGUUGAACGUUGAUGAUCAGAUAUUGUUGUUGAAAUGUUGCUGUAUGGAGAUCAUGUGUUUACGAGCUGCUCGACGAUACGAACCGGAAGAUGAAACUCUAGUCAUGACUAAUGGUCUAACCAUUCAUAAGUCCCAAAUACAACAACACGGUGCCGUCGGUGCCUUGGUGGAGCCUAUCUUUGAAUUUGCUAUCGGUCUAGCUAAACUCAGUUUGGAUGAAACGGAAGUUGCUCUAUUGGCUGCUGUUUUGUUGAUGCAAUCAGAUCGUUCCGGAUUAAAGAAUGCUGAAGUUGUUGAAAGGUUGCAAGAUGCUAUACUUGGUGCCUUUAAACGUUACAUAACCAACAAACGCCCCAAUCAACCCGUCCAUUGGGCUAAAGUCUUAAUGAAAGUUACAGACCUUAGAACUAUCAGCACCAGACACGCAGAAAGAGUGCUGUGUGCGCGCGUGGAUUCGUCUGGUGGAAUUUCGCCAUUAUUCAUGGAAAUGUUCAAAGAAGGCGGACAAUCAUGA